AUGUGGACAGUCUUCUCCCACGCUCGGUCAAAGCAUGCUUCGGGGACACGGUUGUCCAACCAGCCUCCUUGGCUGAUGGCAGCUCGUCGCCAUCAGCACACGACGGUCAAGGUGCCAUCGAUGGCCGAGUCAAUCACAGAAGGCACUCUCGCGCACUUCCACAAGCAGAUCGGUGACCGUGUCGAGGUCGACGAGGAACUCGCAAGUAUAGAGACCGACAAAAUCGACGUGUCGGUGAACGCUCCAGAAGCGGGUGUUUUGGCUGAGCUGCUCGUGGCUCCGGGAGAUACAGUGACGGUUGGCCAGGACGUUGCACAGAUAGACACCACGUCCGAUUCAGCCACGACGGCGUCAAAAGCACCAUGGGUUGCUGCUGCGAAGUCGUCCCCUGCGCAUUCCGACUCGAUAGCAGACACAGAGAAGAUGCAAUCGUGGACCGAGCAGUCGUCUUCGAAAGGGGACGCCAACUUACCCUCUCACGAGCAAUUGAGGAACAACCCCCUCUCCAAUAUUCUUGUGCCCUUUCGAACCUCAAAUGCUUCACCUCCAGCGCCGCGCGUCCUGGAGCAACCACGACCGAUUGAGAGCCCAAAUCUACUGCCACGAAACUCUCAAGCUGCAACGGAGAUUUUUCCAUUCCGUGACGAACGCGUGGAUCCCUUACCUCGAAUGCGAAAAACGAUUGCGCAACGGCUGAAAUCGUCGCAGUUGACAAAUGCGACGCUCACGACAAUGCAAGAGGUCGACAUGAGCGCGUUGAUGUUGUGGCGUAAACACAAUCAAGCCCGAAUUCUGGACGAGCACGGCGUCCGAUUGGGCUACAUGGGGGCAUUUGUCAAGGCGGCGGCGUUGGCUGCCCAGCGCGUCCCCGUGGUCAAUGCGGCCAUGGAUAUCGACAAGGAGGAGAUUAUAUAUCGAGACUACGUCGACAUUAGCGUUGCCGUCUCGACUCCAAAGGGGCUGGUCACCCCGGUGUUGAAGGACUGUGAGCGCCUGGACAUUGUGCAGAUAGAAAAGCGAGUCCGGCUACUUGCUGAAAAGGCUCGGGACGGAAAAUUGAGCAUGGCGGAUCUUCAAGGCGGUAAUUUCUCCAUCAGCAACCCUGGAAUCUUCGGGUCGAUGUUUGGAACGCCCGUCAUCAAUUAUCAACAGUCAGCCGUGUUCAAUAUGAACACCAUCUACGACCGCGUCGUCGCCAUCGAUGGCAAGCCCGAGAUCCGACCUAUCAUGUACACAACUCUGUCGUACGACCACCGCCUGAUUGAGGAUCGAGAGGCGGUUAUGUUCUUGAGCACCAUCAAAGACUACAUAGAAGAUCCGUCAAGAAUGCUUUUGGCAUAG